UUGAUGCCCAUUGAAGGUUUCCUCUCAAUAUCAGCAUUUUUCAUUUGAAGAUCAAUCUUAAUGGCUCUGGUUGUGUAUUGGUAUGAUUUCAUUUGUUUUGGGAUUGUGGGUUUUUCCUUUCUUGGGUCACUGAUGGUGUUAUGGAGAAAGGAAGGCGGAUCAAGAUGGGACGACGACACAAUAUAUGAGAGCCUGCUGCUUACUCGACCGGACAGUGACAGGUUCGUGCGAGCAAUGCCAAGAGGUCAUGUUGGGUCUUCACAGCUAUGGACCAGUUGUUGGCGAGGGGUGCAUCCUGGAUGGCUGCUGGCAACCCGGCUCCUCUCUUUUCUGAUCAUGGCAGGAUUCCUUUCCUGGGAUAUCGUGAAGUGGGAUGCUACAAUCUUUGUUUACUACACCGAAUGGACAUUUGCAUUAGUUAUGGUCUAUUUUGCGCUGGGGACCGUUGUAUCUGCAUACGGCUGUUGGGUGAUCUCAAAUAAUUCUCCUUCUAGAGGUGGUGAGACAAAUGGGUUUCUGAAGACAGAUGUGGAGGAGAGUAGUAAAGCCGCCACCAUAGCUUACAGGGAAAAUGAAAUCAAGGGGAAAAUCAAGUUGCAAAGUCACCAUGCUGAGGAGGAGUUUCAGCAAAGAGCAGGGUUUUGGGGAUAUCUUAUGCAAAUAUCAUAUCAGACUUGUGCAGGUGCUGUGAUCCUAACAGAUGUCGUGUUCUGGUGUGUUAUAGUCCCAUUUCUAUCAAAUGCACAUCUUGGCCUGAAUGUGUUAAUGGGGUGCAUGCACACUUUGAAUGUUGUCUUCCUUCUGAUUGAUACAGCUCUCAAUAGCCUUCCAUUUCCUUGGUUCCGGCUCGCAUAUUUUGUACUAUGGAGCUGCAUCUAUGUUACCUUCCAAUGGGUCAUUCAUGCCUGUGGUUUUACAUGGUGGCCAUAUCCCUUCCUUGAGCUUGACAAAUCAUGGGCACCUCUAUGGUAUCUUGCAAUGGCAGUGAUUCACAUCCCCUGUUAUGGGGCAUACGCGUUGAUAAUAAAAGCCAGAGAUUCGGUUCUCCCCAAAUGGUUUCCUCAUGCCUUUAUCCGCUCAUCCUAGUUGCUUUCGUCCUUAAUACUGAAAUUGCUGUUAUUUCCAAUUUUAGUGUUGUGUAGGUAAAAGGAGAAAAUGUUCUGAUUCUUCAAAAAUAAUCAUAGGUUCUUCUCUCCAACGGCCCUGAUUCGCAUAUUUCUGUUAUGUUUUACAGUUGAAUUGGCAAAAAACUACCCUUGUUGCCAAUUAUUUUGAUGUCAUUAGUGCUUCCUCUCUCUGUUCUGUGUUGA